ACAACCUACUCGUGAUUAAAUGUCUAGUGCUGGAGACGUUGCUACUUCGAUAGAGAAAUGACCUUCAGAUAAUCGUGGUGCUGUCCGGAGCGGCUUGAGUGUCUAAUAUUCAUAAAGAGACGCGGAGGGCUGGGGGACGGAGUGCCGAGUGAUAACCAGUGAGUGCCGGCGGAGCGGACCAGCAGGAGCUCUCUUGUGGCGGGCUGGUGUUACAGGGGUGAAGGGCUGCAGGGCGAGGAGGCGACAUGCUGUACCUGGUAGUGGGCGUGGCGGCCCUGACCUGGCUGGUGCUGUGGUCCACAACGCCCCCGCCGAGGAUUCUGGGCGUGUACAGCCGCCCGGGCUUCUGGUACUGGCUCAAGGUCAUCGUGUUCUAUAUACUGGUCAAAGUCCGCCGAUGGAGUAACAAGACGGGCGGCUCUGGGGCCGACGUGGGCUACGGCGUCAAGUCUCGCGACCGCCCCGAGCUGAUGGAGUGUGUGCAACCACUCUCUGACCACCCCAAGGCCAUCGACGCCGUGUAUUUCAACGCCGCCAACGAGAACGGUUACUACCUAGUGGCGGCCACGGCGCGGCGCCCCAAGGGAGUCAUCAACGGCCUUCUCUUCCUCAGGAUCCCAAGCGUGGGGUUGCUUCAGCUGCCUAAGAUGCCCGACACAAUGAUGUUUGGGAACGGGAGUCAGUUUGCCGCUGAGGGCCUGCGCAUCACCCCAGUCAAGCCCAUGGCUUCCUGGAAGAUUCAGUACGAAGGUCCCAUGAAGAUGAGGGGCAGCCCAUUGGCUAGGUAUCAGGUGGAGUUGGAUGUUCAAUGGACCAGCAACCAACCUUACUUCGACUUCGACACGGACAUGGAUGCGAGGGCCCUGGCGAGGAGCAUUGCCAGGGAGCCAUGGUCUCGCAAGUACUUCCAAGGUCUCAGAGAGGCACACCAGAGCCACUAUGAGCAGAUGGGUCGCAUAGAGGGCACGGUGGUGGUGGACGGCCACCCCUAUGUUCUUCGACUUGAUUCAAUGAGGGACCACAGCUAUGGCCACAAGCGAGAGUGGAAGCUGAUGCACCGGUACGGCCUGCACAUGUUUGCCACCAAAGAUGGUCUACAGGGUAAUGUGGGUAUUAUCUGCCAGCCCGCCACAUGCACACAGCUGGAAAUGGGCUACAUAUAUGAGGACGGCAAAAUGUUGCCUGUGAGCAGGGUCAACCUUCCCCUGUGGCAGCAUGGGGAGAAUGGGCACCCACCAUCAGACUAUGCCUUCUCCUUUGUGGCAGGUGGGAAGCAGUACGUUGUGGAAGUGUCUGUCUUAGAGGCACCAGAGUUCUACAUCGGCUGGGAGUGGGAGACGCGCGUGGUGGAGCGAAUGGCCACUUUCAGAAUAAAUGGCCGUAAAGGAUGGGGCCUCGCUGAGUGGGAGUACCGCCACCAUGGUGGUCGUCCUCGUGCAUACAGUGUUGGUGACCCUGCCUGGACGAAUGACCUUGUAAAAGAAGCAGAAGACGACACGAUAGAGAUAAAAUCAGAUGAUGGCCCCCAGUGUGUGAUUCAUUAUCCUGAACUCAUGUCUGAUAAACCUUCUCGAAUAAUACUUCUCAGUGACAGGAGUUAUGGCAAACUUAUUGAAUGCAAAAAUAUCAGAAUGGAAUUAGGAGCUGAAGUUUGUCAUGAUCAGUGUGAAACUAUUCCUGCUCCUAAUUAUGAUCCUAAAAGAGAUGGGUAUCACAGACCAUGCUACAUGAAGUUUGUCAAAGUCAAGACAAACACAAAAAUAAGUACUGUUGAAAACAGUAUUGAAAAUCAAAACAAAACCCAAGAAGAAAUCUUCUCUGAGAAAAGCAAACCCCAAGAUGUAAGUUACUCAGAUCAAAGCAAACCUGAACUUGGGAAGCAGAGUGAUCAAAGUAAAGCAGAACAGGAAAUCCAUUCUGAUCACAGCCACACUCAUCAUCAAAUCAGCCUCGAAAAUCACAGUGAAACAAAAGAUGAAUAUUCCUCUGGUGACAGGAAAACCAAGAAUGAAAAUUUUAUUGAGGAAAGUAUAAAUGAAUAUGGAAACUAUUCAAAUGGAAGCCAAUAUGAAAAUGAUUCUGCAUCUCAGUGUGAAACUGUUCAUGAAAACUAUUCUGAUCCUAUCAAAGAAAUUGAACACAAAGACCAUACAGACUCAAGCAACAUAACAUCUUAGAUAUGACUUCUCACUUCAGCAUUGUGUGAGGCAUUUUACUAAAUAUCAACCUUCAAACUGGCAAAUUCAUGUGUAUCGAUAAGUUCAUAAUAAAAUUUCCUUUUUCA